AUGCAGCCCCUCAUAUUCCUCCUCCUCGUGCCCGCCGUCCUCCUGCUGGGCACGGCAGCGCACCACCUCUUCCCGCCCUACAAGAUCUCCCGCGAAGACCUCCAACGCGCCCUCCGUAAACUCCUGCGCCGCGACCUCCCCCGCACAGCCUUCGGCCUACCUCCCGCACCACCGCGCCUCUCCGUGCGCGCCACGACCUUUCUCGCCCUCUGCGCGGCCGCCGCCACCUCCCUCUCCUGCGGCGCAAUCUUCCUCGCGCUCUUCCUCCCCUCUGCGCCCACCUCGCCCACCUUGCCCACGUCGCCCCGCCUCGCCCCACUCACCCCCACUCUCCCACAAGCCACGCUCCUCGCCGGCACGAGCACGCUCCUGCUCGUCGCGACCGCCCUCGCCGCCGCCGGCGUCUACCUCCGCCUCCGCGCGGGGCGGACGGCCGUCCGCGCCCUCCUGGGCGCCCAUGGCCGCCACCUGACACACACCGCCGUGGUCCGCACCACCCUCGCCGCCGCGCUCCUCUCGUCCGCGCUGGUGGGCGCGUGCGCCGGCGUGCCGCAGCACGCAGCCUACAUCCUCCUCGGAGCCGGUGGCGUUGUGUGCGUCGUCGCCAUCGGCGUCGGCAUCGCGGCGUGGCGCGGCCGCCGCCCAGAUCUCGGCGCCAAGUUCGAAGCCGCCGCGUCGUAUGCCGCGGCGGUCAGCUACGCGCGCAAGUCCCGCGACCUCUUGCGCUCAGAUACGUCGCAUCCGUCCAACACGUGGGCGAACUCGUCCCACCUCCCGUCGAGCGACUCGCACGAGUCCGACCUCUUGGAGAGCUACUCGCGCAUCCUCCCGCCGCGCGAGCUCCGCGCCGCGUCUGCCCCCCGCGCGGCGCCUAGCACGCCCGCGCGCGCAUGGAAGCCGCCCGUCGGCUCGCCGAGCUCGUGGGUCACCGAGCGCGAGAUGGCGACGCUGCCCGAAUGGGACUUCCGCAACUCUCUCGGCCACUGCCGCUCCAGCAGCUCGUUUACGACACGCACGCUCGCGGCACUGGGCCUCGACAAACGUAGCGGGAGCGGCGAGACGAACACGUUCCACACGGCGGCCACACACGCGUCAGGCCCAUCGGCCACACACCCGAGUCCGAGCCCGGCCCGCCGAUCCUCCGCGCCGGCGGAGUGCAGCGAGCGCAGCCAGCGCCCGGACGGCUGGGUCGUCGGCAUCCUCAAGCCGGACCCGAACGAGCCCCUGCCCCCGCGCAACUUCCCGAGCAUUACGCGCUUGUCCGUCCCCCGCUCGGCGGGCGCCAGCGACGGCGUCGCGAGCGGUGUAGCCGCCCUCGGGGGCGCGCACACUCUCACGCUCGUCGACAAUGGCAUCCACGUCGCCGUCCAUGAUAUGACGAGCACGACCGCCCCGUCCAACAACGCCGAGCGCUCGCAGCACUCAUUCCACACUCCUACAACCCCGGCGACGGUAGUCCCACCCUCCCCUGGCUCGCCGUGGUGGCCGAUCGAGCUCAGCGACACCGAGUCCGAGUGGGUGACGAUUGACGCCCCGCCUGUGUCGGAGAGCUGGCGCCGCGUCGACAGCGUGUGCGGAGUCCUCGGCGUCCUCGGGCUCGUGCUUUGCUUCGGACUCACGGCCCCGCUCCUCGCGCUCGGCAUGCACACCGCCACGCUCACGGCCUUCGCCGUCGCCCUCGCGCUCCCGGCGCCCGCGCUCGCCGCCGCCUCCUUCUUCACCCGCCACACCCCGGCAGCCACGCCCGUGCGCCUCCCCUCCGCCGCCGGCGUCGCGUCAACUGCCGUCCCCAUGGACUUUGACCGCGACAGCGCAUACCGUACAGUCGACUUCACACGGAUUGACUUUGGCAUGCCGCGCUGGAGUGUCCCCCACUCUGGGGUGUAUGGCUCGUCGCGCCCUGUGCGCAGCGAGACGCGCGACAUGCACCCGGUACCGACGCCUGCUUCUGCGCCGACUGUGCUUGCCGACCCCGUCGCCGCUCCCCCUCCCGCGGCGACCCCAACCGCGCGGACGCACAACGUCCGCCGCCGCGAACUGCUCAAGCCGCAGCCGCAGCUCGCGGCCGCGCUCCCAAAAAUACGCAGCAAACUGGCCCGCCUGCGCGGCGGCAUCAUAAGCAUAUGCGUGGACGCGCACACGCGCGACGACAGCAUGAGCGGCGACGAAGCCGCGUUCGUGAGCAUGGAGAAGGCGGAGAUCCGCUCCGCCGUGCGCCUCACCGCGCGCUGCCCGAGCUUCGUGGACCUCUCGGGCCCCGAGCGCUUCAUCUUUAGAGACAGCUUGCAGGCGGCCGUGGUUGAGCGGCUUACGCGGCGCCGCACGCUCGACGCGGACGCCGACGCCGACGUGGACGCAAGCUACCGCGUCGACUCGUACUGCGACUCGAGCGCGUCGCCUGCGCGCCGCGAGCGGCGGGGCGAGAUCAUCCGCGUCCUCCGCCCCGAGCUCGGCAUCGUACCUGACACCGAAGGCGUCCCCCGCGUGUCCUCGUCCUCGUUCAACCCCGCCCGCGCGUCCACGCCGCUCGGCUAUCGGCCGAAGGGGAGCACGGCGAGCCACAUCGAGCUCGACCUCAGCGUUGACUGGGCUGAGAUGGGGCUCCCGCCCCACCCGCCGCUGCCGGACCGCUACUGCGGGCCCGCAUACGCCGCGCACUCCAUCAGCCAUGCGCCGAGCACGCGGCUCGACGGGGAGGCGAUGGCGCGCGCGUCGCACGAAGCCGACACCUCGAUCGCGCGCAGCGCCGGAUGGAUCCACGCCCUCGUGGACGGCUGGACGCCGCGCCAGUCCACCAAGUCGGUCGUGUCCCGCAAAUCCACCUUGCCCUCUAUUGACGAACUCCCCCGGCCCAAGUCAUGGAGCCACUCGUCCGCCAGCGUGUCGUGGGCCGCCGUGCCCCCCCGGCCGCUCAGCUACCUCCUCGCGCUGCCGUACGGCGCGCUCCCGCCCCCGCCCCCGCCACUCCCCGCGGCGCUUAUGCGCCCCGUCUCCUCUACGGGCUUUCCGUGCGCGCACGGCUACAACCUGCACAAACCCGCACCGCAGCGCGCCGAGAUCUCGCGCCCAGAACACAGCACACACACGUUCGCGGUCCGCUCGACGCCGCAGCGCGCCGAAGUCGCCAAGGCCAUCGGGGCCGUCGCGAGCGUCGGCCGCGCCGAGUCGUGCACGCCCGACACGAGCGCGCAGUCGCAUGCGAGCGGCCUCCGCGCCCUCGCACUCGUCGAAAAGGCCAAGCACCGCCGCUACUUGCGGGACGCGGGCGAAUCGAGCGGCGACAGCCGCGACAGUCGAGCCCGCCUCUCCGUGCGCUCGGACAGCAGCUGCGAGACGGUCACGAUGGGCUCGGGGCUGGACGCGGGGCUGGACUCCGGCUUGGACUCCGGCUUGGACUCGGGGAUGGCGGAGGCCACAGACCCCACUGGAAGCAGCCGCUUCGCCGACGCGUCCGGCUGGACCGAGGGCAGCUCGCGCUUCGCGGACGCCGACGAGAGACUGUACGAGAGCCCCGCGAAGCCCGCGAUGCCCGCGACAGCCACAUUCGGGCGGCACCUUAUCCCCAAGCCCGCUCGGCGCACAGUGGACCACCCCACCGCGCCCAACACGCUCUUCGUCCCCGAGCCCACGGCGCACCCGCCCCUCCCUUCGGGCGCGACGUACUCGCCCCUCCGCGCCGGCGCAGCGUACGAAGCAACGCUCGCCAGCUUGCGCGAGUACUCGUUCCCAACAUCGCAAGACGCGUCGCACGAGGCCGACAAGCCGGUGGGCCGCGCGCUGCGGCGCGCGCGCGGCAGCGCGACCGUCGUGUUCGAGACGAGCAUGUCCUCGCGCAGCAAGCUUUCCGCGUCGUCGGGAUGCUCCGCGCUCGCCCAGGGCAAGGCCGACGCCGUGCUGGGCGACCGCACGAACUCGGAGACGAGCAGGUGCGAUACAAGCAAAACGAGCACGACCUCGGCCAGGUCUCGCCCGCUCGAUAAGGAGAACGGUCCGCCCGCGCACUGGGGUGUUCGCGUGGGGCGCGGGCGGCGCGCCCGCGCGAGCCAGGGAACGCAGGGGCAGGUGCGCUCCGCGCUGGCGAUGGUGCCUCGGGUGUAGGGUGUAGGACGCUGU